ACGGGCCUGAACCUCCAGAGCGUGCUCGCCUUCGGGGGCGUCGGGUCCGUCGUGCUGGGUUUGGCGUGCCAGACGCCGCUCUCGAACGUCGUCUCGGGCAUCCUCGUCGCCGUCACGGACCCCUUCGAGGUCGGCGACGAGGUCGACCUGGGGGACGGGCGGGCGGGCUACGUCGAGAAGAUGGGCUGGUACACGACGGAGAUGCGCGGCUACGACAACCGCGCCAUCACGAUCCCGAACGCGCAGAUCGCCGAGGCGACGACGAUCAACUACAGCCGCGUGCACCACCAGCUCCUCAAGACGAAGCUCCGGCUGCGGCGCGCCGACGCGCCGCGCGUCGACGCCCUCGUCACGGACAUCCGCAAGACGCUCGCGGCGACGGACGGCGCCGUCGACGACCGCGAGAACAAAAACGCGAUCCGCGUCUACCUCGAGGGCUACUGCCCGGACACGGGCAGCCCGGAGAUCGACGUCGAGUGCCACUACCUCGGCUCGGACACGGACGAGUUCCUCGAGUGGCGCGAGGGCGUCCUCCUGGCCAUCUACGACGCGGUCCAGCGCGCGGACUGCGAGCUCACCUGGAAGACGAGCCUCGAGGUGCGCCGCCAGUUCGCCGACGGCGUCGGGGACGUCUAG